AUGUCCGAGAAGGAAAUGGAAUACACCCGCCUGGGCAACUCUGGCCUAAAGAUCUCCAAGGUCAUUUUGGGGACUAUGUCUUACGGAAGCAGCCAGUGGCAAGACUGGGUGCUUGACGAGGACAAGGCGCUGCCGCUAAUCGAGCACGCCUAUAAGCGGGGCAUCAAUACCUGGGACACGGCGGACGUCUACUCCCACGGCCGGUCCGAGGAAAUCGUUGGCAAGGCCCUGAAGCAGUUCAACAUCCCGCGUAACCGCGUGGUCAUCCUGACCAAGUGCUUUUUCGGUGUCGAUGACGAGGGCAACUUUCCGCCCAUCUCAGCAUCUGCGACGAACGACGGUCACUUCGUCAAUCGCACGGGCCUCUCGCGAAAGCAUAUCUUCGAUGCAGUUGAUGCGAGCGUGCAGCGACUCGGCACGUAUAUCGAUGUACUGCAGAUUCAUCGACUAGAUCGGGACACGCCGCGCGAGGAAAUCAUGAAGGCGCUGAAUGAUGUUGUUGAAAGCGGAAAGGUGCGGUACAUUGGUGCCAGCUCGAUGGCCGCGUGGGAAUUCCAAACCCUCCAAAACAUCGCUGACCGACACGGCUGGCACAAGUUUAUCUCGAUGCAGAACUAUCACAACCUAAUCGCCCGCGAAGAGGAGCGUGAGAUGAUCCCCUACUGCCUAGACAGCGGCGUCGGACUGAUUCCCUGGUCGCCGAUGGCUCGGGGCGUUCUCGCCCGGCCCUGGGGCGAGCGCUCAAGCGUCCGGGAGAACACGGACGGGGCUAUCAAAUGGCUUAUUCGCAGCCGCGAGUCUGAGGCCGACAAGGUCAUCGUCGACCGCGUUGAGGAGGUCGCGUCGAAGAAAGGACUUAGCAUGGCACAGGUUGCUAUAGCGUGGUCGUUGAGCCACCGCAGCAUGUGCCCUAUUGUUGGGCUGAGUAGCACGGCUCGUAUUGAUGAGGCCGUGAAGAGUGUUAAGGUCAAGUUGACGGAUGAGGAGAUUCGGUACUUGGAGGAGGCGUACGUGCCCAAGACCGUUGCUGGUUGGUAG